GGAGGGCUGUGGGAAGGCCAGAAGGAGGUGUGUGCCAAUGAGCGCAGAGCUCGAGGAGGCGCCUUGAAUGGGAAGCCUCUCCUCGGCGCAGCUUCGCCUCCUGAAUGAAGCCUCCUCGCCGUCUCUUUCUCGCCAGCCCGCUUCGAACCGACCAGAGUGAAGGAAACAUGGUUCCAGAGCACUGACCUGAAGUACCAGCCUGUGCUGCCCAGCAAUGGGUUGUGUGCAAUGCAAAAAAAAGAAGACAAAUAAGACCCAGAGUAAUGGUGGCGAUGGAACGCCUAACCCACCUCCCAGCUCCUGCUACAAUCCUGAUCCAGCCCAGCAGAAUGCCCCCAACACUUUUACAUGCAUCCCUGACUUCAACAACUUCCAAGGAACGCCAAGGCCUUCCACACCUGCCUUCAUGGGGGGCUCCGGCGUAUACCCCACUCCUUCUCUGCACAUGCCUGGAACUGGGAUCACAGGUGGAGGAGUGACUCUUUUCGUUGCCUUGUAUGAUUAUGAAGCCAGAACUGAGGAUGAUCUGACAUUUGCGAAGGGCGAGAAAUUUCACAUCAUCAACAAUACAGAGGGUGACUGGUGGGAAGCAAGGUCCUUGAGCACAGGAUCAACAGGGUACAUCCCCAGCAACUACGUGGCACCUGUGGACUCUAUUCAGGCAGAAGAGUGGUACUUUGGGAAAAUUGGUCGCAAGGAUGCUGAGAGGCAGCUCUUGUGCCAUGGCAACCCACGGGGGACGUUUCUCAUUCGUGAGAGUGAAACGACCAAAGGUGCCUACUCUCUCUCCAUUCGGGAUUGGGACGAAGUGAAAGGUGACCACAUCAAGCAUUAUAAAAUCCGGAAGCUGGACAACGGAGGUUACUAUAUCACCACACGGGCCCAGUUUGAUACGGUGCAGCAACUGGUCCAGCAUUAUAUAGAGAGAGCUGCGGGGCUGUGCUGCCGCCUGGCUGUGCCGUGCCACAAAGGGAUGCCCAAAUUGGCAGACCUCUCGGUCAAAACCAAAGACGUUUGGGAGAUCCCACGGGAAUCGCUGCAGCUCAUCAAGAAACUGGGCAACGGGCAGUUUGGGGAAGUGUGGAUGGGCACUUGGAAUGGCACCACCAAAGUUGCGGUGAAAACACUGAAGCCAGGUACCAUGUCUCCAGAAGCGUUCCUUGAAGAGGCCCAAAUUAUGAAGCGCCUACGACAUGACAAGCUGGUGCAACUGUAUGCCGUGGUCUCAGAAGAGCCAAUCUACAUUGUCACUGAGUUUAUGAGCCAAGGGAGUUUGCUGGAUUUUUUGAAAGACGGGGAUGGUCGUUUCCUGAAGUUGCCACAACUGGUGGACAUGGCAGCCCAGAUUGCAGCUGGAAUGGCCUACAUUGAGCGCAUGAACUACAUCCAUCGGGACCUGCGGGCUGCCAAUAUCCUUGUGGGUGACAACCUGGUGUGUAAGAUUGCCGACUUCGGCCUGGCCCGGCUCAUUGAAGACAAUGAAUACACAGCUCGCCAAGGUGCCAAGUUCCCCAUCAAAUGGACAGCCCCAGAAGCUGCUCUCUAUGGCAAGUUUACCAUCAAGUCAGAUGUCUGGUCCUUUGGCAUCCUCUUGACAGAGCUUGUGACCAAGGGGCGGGUACCCUACCCAGGCAUGAACAACCGGGAGGUGCUGGAGCAAGUGGAGCGGGGCUACCGCAUGCAGUGCCCUGGGAACUGCCCUCUCUCCCUGCAUGAGCUGAUGGUGCAGUGCUGGAAGAAGGAGCCAGAGGAGCGCCCCACCUUUGAAUACCUCCAGUCGUUUCUUGAAGACUACUUCACUGCCACAGAGCCUCAGUACCAGCCAGGAGACAACCAAUAGUUGUGGCUGGGAAUGCUGGCUGGGAAAUACGCCUUUGGUGGGCCCGAGUCCCUGGCACUUGGCAGACACAGAAACAGCCCUUUCCCUCUCCGGGGCCAGGAUCCAAGAAUCCCUUUUUGUUCAACUAGGUUUGGACUCCUCUUCUGUUCCCUUUUCCUUUUUUAUGACUCUGCCCCUUUCCAGUUGUGAUUUAGUGUUUUAUUUUUCUUUUGGUUGGGCAACUUUGGAGUUGCACAGAGGAGCAAGGCCUGAGCUGGGUUGGCAAGGAGCGUGGACUGAAAGAGAACUUCUCUUCACUGAGUUAUUUUUCUUCUUGAGCUUGCCUCUACUUCAGCUUUCCCCGGCAUCGUGCCCCAAAAUUUCCAGUAGCCCCAGCCAGCCAAGCCAAUGGUCAGUGAUGGUGGCAGUUGUAAACCAAACAACUGGAGGGAAUCAAAGUGAGGAAGGUAGUCCUCCUCUAUCAUCAAGUACAUGUAAGCUGCGUACUCCAGUUAUGGUUGGACUACAUAGCCUAUAAUCUCUUGCCAUUGCUCAUGCUUUCUGUGGCUGCUGGGAGAUGGGUUUAAGGAACAUCUAGAAAGCCAGACAUUUGUUCCUCCUGUCCCACAUCAUUGUUAAAAGCUCUGGAGCUGAACAAUGUUGGUCUCCCUUUCUACCAGGCCUGACGCUCCAGCAUUGAUGGGGUCAUGAGAACCUGGAGUCCAUAAAAAUCCCAGUUGCUACCCAGACCCAACCAAUGCCAUGAAAUGGGUUGUUUCUGUAUUUCAUUCCUUUCUUCCUCCUAUUCUUAACCCUCUGCAUUCUUAACCAGGCCAGUAAUAUUGAAGCCAUAAUCCACCAUUUGCAUGAUUGCGAGUGGAAGGUGGUUGCAGAAUGCAACCAACAUUGGAGUGGGAAAGUUGCAAGGGUGGAAUGCUUGUCCGAGUGCCAUUUAGGGCUCAAGAAAAGAAGGUGGGAAGGAGAAUGCCUGGGAGGGACACUGGACCUGUGGCAUGUCUGUUACGUAGUGGUGCCUUUGUGUGAAGACACAUUGUUCCUUACCAAGCCAGGAGCUCAGGAAUCACUUAAUGAGAGUGAGUCAUGAUUCAGGCAGUAUCCAUAACCAUGGUUUAAUUGUCAUUUAUUCUGUACAGAUCCAUCUGUGAGGUCAGGAGGAGGGGACUAAGGUUCUUCAGGGGUUGUUCAGCUGUAGCCCUCAACACUUUGCAGCAGUAUCGCCAAUGGUGUGGGGUCAUCAGAUCUACAUUUCAAUCAUAUCUACAGGUCCACAAGUUGCAUCAAGAAAGCAUAGUUGUAGUCAGUGGGAGGUGUAGUUGAACAGGAGUAGGGCAUGUGCACUUGUGCAGGUACUGUUGGGCUACAACAUCUGCCCACUCUCAUCUUGUAGCUAGAGAGAUAAUGGGUGAUGUAGUCCAGCAGACUUCCAGAGAAGCACACAUUUUCCAUCCCUACCCUAAACUGACAUUCCAGAAGAUGCUAAAAAACUCUUAACAGAUAAUUUAUACUACAAGUAUAGACUAGGACGCGGAACAAUGGCUUCAAACUACAAGAGAGGAGAUUCCAUCUGAACAUGAGGAAUAACUUCCUGACUGUGAGAGCCGUUCAGCAGUGGAACUCUCUGCCCCGGAGUGUGGUGGAGGCUCCUUCUUUGGAAGCUUUUAAACAGAGGCUGGAUGGCCAUCUGUCAGGGGUGAUUUGAAUGCAAUAUUCCUGCUUCUUGGCAGGGGGUUGGACUGGAUGGCCCAUGAGGUCACUUCCAACUCUUUGAUUCUAUGAUUCUAUAAGUCCCAGCAUUCUUUGGAAGAAGCAUUGACAAUUCUGAUGCUUCAUAAAAGAAUCAGUGAAUAAUAAUAAUAAUAAUAAUAAUAAUAAUAAUAAUAAUAAUAAUCUUUAUUUGUAUGCCGCCACCAUCUCCGCAAAGGGGACUCGGGGCAGCUAACAUGAGGCCAAGCCCAGAAUUACAAUACAGCAAAAUAAAAUACAAAGAAGAAAAAAUACCAUCAAAAUAAAUACAAGAAAUAGCAAAAUAAAAUAAUCAGUUUCAAAAUAACAUGAUGGAGAAAUAGAACACAGUGGGCAGGCCAAAUGUACUAGGAUAAAAUUGAUAAAACCCUGGGUGAGAUAGGUAGUGAGAUAAUGUGUUUCUGAGGGAGGAGCUCAAAAGGAAUGAACAAUAGGGUCAGACCAGCAUUUUGCGAGGGGGUAUCAAAGGGGUCACCAAAGACCAUCAGAAAACACAGUAUUUUCUGUUGGUCAUGGGGGCUCUGUGUGGGAAGUUUGGCCCCAUUCUAUUGUUGGUGUUGGUGGGCUUUGAAAUUCUCUUUGGUUGUAGGUGAGCUAUACAUCUCAGCAACUACAACACCCAAAUGUCAAGGUCUAUUUACCCCAAACUCCACCACUGUUCACAUUUGGCCAUAUUGAGUAUUUGUGCCAAGCUUGGUACAGAUCCAUCAUUGUUUGAGUCCACAGUAGUCCCUGGAUAUAGGUGAACUGCAACUCCAAAACUCAAGGUCAAUGCCCACCAAACCCUUCCAGUCUUUUCUGUUGGUCAUGGGAGUUUUGUGUGCCAAGUUUGGUUCAAUUUCAUCAUUGCUGGAGUUCAGAAUGCUCUUUGAUUUUAGGUGAACUAUAAAUCCCAGCAACUACAAUUCCCAAAUGACAAAAUAAAUCCUCCCCAACCCCACCGGUAUCCAAAUUUGGGCGUAUUGGGUAUUUGUGCCAAAUUUGGUCCAGUGAAUGAAAAUGCAUCCUGCAUAUCAGAUAUUUACAUUACAAUUCAUAACAGUAGCAAAAUAUACAGUUGUGAGUAGCAACAAAAAUAAAUUUAUGGUUGGGGGUCACCACAACAUGAGGAACUGUAUUAAGGGGUCAAGGCAUUAGGAAGGUUGAGAACUGCUGGGUUAGACCUUUAUUAAGGGCGAGGGAAAGUGCAUCAUGAGGAUGGAACUGUAAUCGGAACAGACAAAAUAUGGAAUAUAUGUUCACUCACCAAAUAAUGUUAUACUGAUUGAUAAAUUAUGUUCCAGGCAGUUCAGCUUGCACUGGAGUAACUAUAUACAGGCAGUCCCCGAGUUACAAACAUGUGCCUUACAAAUGACUCAUAGGGUGGUUGUAGGUUUUUUUGGGCUAUAUGGCCAUGUGCUAGAGGCAUUCUCUCCUGACGUUUCGCCUGCAUCUAUGGCAAGCAUCCUCAGAGGUAGUGAGGUCUGUUGGAACCAGGAAAAUGGGUUUAUAUGACUCAUAAUUAAGAACAUUGGGACUGAGACAACAGGAAGUGAGAGAAGUCUACCCUUCGGAAGGGAAAUUCACUCCUGAAGGAGUUAUUAUGACGAAAAGGGGUCUCCUCUGAAGCUUUAUCUCCAAUCCUUGUUUCCACAGCAAGCUGAAUUUUUCAAAAUCCAAUUCUUAGAUUUCCAACUCAGGUGAAUGCAUUUGGCUAAGCAAACACACCCAAAUGGUGAUUCUCACCAAUGCUUCUUCAUCCUGGAAAGGAGUGAUGAGUAGAGUGCCAUCAGCAGGUUUCCAUCCUGGGCCCAGUCCUGUUCAGGAUCUUGAUGAAUGACUUAGGUGAAGGGUUAGAAGGCAGGAUCAUCAAGUUUGCAGAUGGGACCAAAUUUGGAGGGAAAGAGAAUACUCCAGAAGACAGGAGCAGAAUUGAAAUGAUCUGAACAGAUUAGAGAGAUGAUUGGCCAAAACUAACACAUUGAAGUUCAACAGGGACAAAUGCAAGAGACUCCACUUAGUCAGAAAAAAGAUAUGCAAAGAUGCAGAAUGAGG